CCCGGAUGAGGGUCGUUGGUCCGCGCCGCCCCUCGGGGGCCGCGCGGGGCUGGAGGGUUGAUUUGAGGCUGCCCUGUGCCCUGGGUGAGAUCCUGUCCUUUGGCAGUGCUGUGCUCUGUGGGAGGCUGCCCAGGGUGUCCACGUGGUCUUGGAGCAGGUUCUGAGAGAGAAAGGCCAUUCAAAGAGUCACUUACUGAUCUCCACCUGAGAGAAGGCUCAGCAGCACAGAAAGCAGCAGCAUGAACGAGAGCUCUGGUGAAGGAGAGAGCAGCGAGGCCAGUUUCCUUCACAAGGAUCUCUCCAAACUUGUGCUCUGGGCACACACUCACGGGACCAUAUGCGACCAGAUCCCAGCCCUGGAAUUCGUGCAGGACGCAGGUCACCUGAGCAGGGACAAUGCUGUGCUGUGGAUGUGCAGAGUUGGACACGCCUACCACUGGCAGUAUGGGAAGUUACAAGACAGAGACAGAGAAGGGACUGAGGCUGGAGGAAGAAAAAGGAAGCUCCAGUUUUCUGAGGCUUCAGCAAGGGAAGACAGCUUUGGGGAAAAGAGGCUCAGGCUGACCCCAUCGUCUUUUGAGAGGGGUCAAGCAGAUGUCAGGAGCACAGGGUCAUGUGGCAGAUCCACAAGAGUCACUCAGCAGGAGGCUGACACAGCCUACACAAGGCAUAAGAAGCCAUCACCCAGAGGGAGUCAAAAUACCAGGGAACUGAUGACAUCUUGCUCUGCAGCAGAGCAGCACUUGACAGCUGCUGGACUCCAAACUGGUGGUCAGAACAUGGAGCUCAAAAAUGAUGAUGACGACUUACUGAUCAUCUCUGAUGAAAAGCAGUGUGUAGCAGAUGAAGACAACCAAGGAGACAGAAUCAACCAGAAUAAUGUAUCGGAGCCACCUACUCAGGUGGAUUUGCAGAUGCUCCACUGCCAGGAGUUGGCAUUUCACCAGCCAACAGCCCCUCAAAGACCUGCCUUUGCCUGCAUGGCAGGGCCAUCUCUAAGCCAUGCCUACAUUCUGCAGUCCUCUGUCAGCAACCUGGAGGACCCGGGCAGGAACAUCCUGAGGCUGGGUCAUUUCACUGCUGCAGGGCCCACGGCUGAAACUUCCAGAGCAAGGAACCCCUCGGAGUCAGCAGCACCAAAGCUGUGUUUCAAACCUCUUCCUGUCUCCAGCACUGAAGUGAAGGCCCAGCUGGAGUCAUGCCCCUUGGUGACAUUCUUUGAGUUCCAAGCCACUGUUGAUGCCCAGCGGCAGCUCCAGCUGAGCCCUCCAAAGCAGGACACGCUGGGAAUGGACUCCAGCAGGAAUGACACCGAGAACAUGGCUGAGGAGAGCGAGCCAUCAGGAUCCAGGCAGGCACCUCAUCCUUCAGCCUUCCAGAGUCCAGAGAGCCAUCCACCCGCAGCCUCAGACAGAGAUGUGCUGCAGAAGCAGGAGAAAAAGAAAAACUGUCGCACCAGCGAUAUAAAGGUGUUCAAAGACUGGCUGAUGGUGCACCACCCCUCUGAGACACGCGAGAUCCACACUCUGCCCCCUGAAGACCUCGACCGCUACCUGGUCUCGUUCUUCAGCUCUGCCAAGAGACAGGAUGGCACAGAUUUCUCUGUCCAUUCCUUUGGCUUCUUGCAGCGCAACAUCGAGCGGUACCUCAAGGAGCACAACUACCAGUACAACGUGGUGAGAGGGCUGGAGUUCAGGGCCUCUCAGGAAGCUUGGAAUCUAAAGCAUCAGUGCCUGUUCCAAAAGAAGAGGGAGGCAGAGUGGAGCAUUUUGGAGAACCUGACAGACGAAGAUGUGGAAAACCUUCGUAAGAAGGGAAUUUUAAACAGAAUGGACCCUCAGGGCUUUCUGCACCUCAUGUUCACCAAUGUUGUUAGGGGGUUUGGGGCAAGCACCCACAGGAAGAGCCACCACCUCUACUGGGGACAACUGGUGCUGAGGAAGAGUGAGGGAGAGGUGGAGUACUUGGAGUGGAAGGAUGAUCUGAGCCCAGAGGGAAACAAACGGGAGCCAAGCCCACGGCUCUUUGCGAAGCCUGAUGAUCCAGAGAACUGUCCAGUCACCAGUUACAAGGAGUACGCCAGGAGGAGGCCACCAGACACACUGAAUGACAGCGAUGCACUUUACCUGGCUCCCAGGUCACUGUGCUCCAUCUGGGACAAGGUGUGGUACUGCAGAAAGCCACUGACAAGAGCCAAAAUGGAAAAGAUCUUGAAAGUUAUUACCCAGCAAAUCAGAGUAGCCAUAAGGAAGCCCAGGCAACAGAGGUAUCCCUUCAGCUUUCCCCCUUAAACCACUCCAGGGCUCCUCUGAAACAGAAUCCUAUUGUGAUAUUUAGUGUAGGCUGAGAGCAAAUAUCCUUCUCCUGGUCUUCACCUUGGCAUUGAAGGCAUAUACAUGUCUGCAGCGCCUCAGCUUCAAGGUAAAUUUCCUCUGUUGUUCUUUCUGUUAUUGGAACUGAUAAUUCAGUGAGUUAAUGAGAAUCUUUGGUUUCACGUUUGCCAAGCAAGUUAAUGUUCUACUGUACAGUCAGUGACAUGAGAAACCACCAGUGCUGACGUAGAGGUCUGGAGGGUGGCACAGCCCAGCCAGGAGUGUCAACUGCACCUUCGUUUUGGGGGCUGGCAGCUCAGCCUGGGGCACAGGCCCACAGGGAAGGAGAGCAACACGAGGAGAGCAACGGCACUGCUGACGCCCAUCUCGUGGGAUCGCUGCCCACAAGGUUCAGGUCGUUUCCCUUAGUGAAAGAUUCAUAGACUGAAAAAGUUGUAGCUGUUUUAAGAAGUUAUUUAAAGUGUCUGACAGUGUUGAAAGGUUUUAUGGUAAGUGGUCUCCCUGGAGUGCGAAGUGCAGCUCCCCAAAGGCCCUGGGAGAUGUGCUGAGCUCUGCUCAGGGCUGUUC